ACCGUCCUGGCUCUCCUGGACCGUUGGUACUUAUACCAGGGUAUAUCACUAGUCGACUUCUCCCUCUGGUUUCCCUCCCCGGAGUGGGACGCAUCGCGAUUUUCCCAUCUCUGCGGGUGGGCUCAUCAUGUCAUUGAAACAGGAAAUUGAGACUUGGGUGCUCGCCCUCGAGCACUACGACAAUCAGCAAUUCGACGAAGCCCUCCGCGUGUUUGAUGCCAUCGCCGAUACUUCGAAGAUCUUCUUCAAUUGUGGUGUGAUUUAUGCGACGGUGGGCGAGCACGACAAAGCGGUCGAGUGCUAUCAGCGGGCCAUCGGGCUGGACCAGUACCUCGCCAUCGCCUAUUUCCAAGAGGGCGUCUCCAAUUUCCUCCUCGGCGACUUUGAAGAGGCAUUGGCCAAUUUCAACGAUACCCUGCUGUACCUCCGCGGCAACACCUCCAUUGACUAUGACCAGCUGGGCUUGAAAUUCCGGCUCUUCUCGUGUGAGGUCCUGUUCAAUCGGGGCCUUUGUUACAUCUAUCUGCGGCAGAUGGGGCCCGGACUGCAAGAUCUGGAGUAUGCGUCCAAGGAACAGGUCACUUCAGACCAUGCUGUCAUCAACGAUGCUCUCCGCGAACACGCUGAAGGCUACACCGUCUUCUCAAUCCCCGUCGGGGUCCUCUACCGCCCCAACGAAGCCAAAGUCAAGAACCUCAAGACCAAAGAUUACCUAGGCAAGGCUCGACUGAUCGCAGCAUCCGACCGAUACGGCGGUCCCCACCCUAGCGAACUCCAGCGCGCACAGUCCGUGCUGGACACACGACAUCCAGACAACCCGCCCUUCGCCGUCAGCCACCUCGUGCAGAAGAACCUGACCAGUCGCAGCCGCCAGCAUUCCGAACCGCCUCUGAACCGCAACCUGUUCCCGCCCACACCGCCACCAGACGCCGACAAGGCCAGCAGCACCAGCAGCGCCGGGAGUAUCGGGCGACCGGGGUCCCUUCGCGCCGCGCGCCCGCCCCGGUUGGAUCUCGAGCGACCAGGCGCACAGUCCCUGGGACGACCGGGCGCCGACGUGACCGCGAACGAAAAACCGCGCAUCGGGACGACGCGGACAGCGUCGGAGCCGCGAGGCUCGUCCGGGCGCGAUUCCGGACGCCGCGGUGUCAGUGGCUGUAGUUCCGGGAACGACCCGACGGCCGUCAAUCGGGAGAUGGGACAUCGACGGGGGGCAAGUGACACCACGGGAGUUCACCCCGUGGCCGCAUAUGAUUACAGUGGGGGUGAGGGAUACGGGGGCUAUGCACAGCCGCGAUCGGUAGUGGUGCCUGCGCCUGGCUCGCGACGCGGCACGGGGAGGCCGCAAGAGCGAUACAUCGACGAAGAGGAAGAGUACGCGAGCGACGCGUACGAAGAAGACGGCCCUGUCCCAGACGGGGACUUCGAGAUGAUGGGAUCGCGUCGACCGUCGACAUCCUCGUCGUCACCCGUCAAGGGGCCGCGACGAGGGGUAUCGCGACGACCAGAGGUCCACAAGUACCGGGUGAAGGUGCAUUCGCAGGAAGACACGCGGUACAUCAUCAUCGGGCCGACAGUCGGGUUCCGGGAGUUUGAGAUGCGGAUCCGGGAGAAGUUUGGUUUUGUGUCAAUCUUGAAGAUCAAGAUGCAGGAUGAGGGGGAUAUGAUCACUAUGGUCGAUCAGGAAGAUUUGGAUCUGUUGAUUGGGGCGUCGAGGGAGAUGGCGCGCCGGGAGGGGAGUGAGAUGGGGAAGAUGGAGAUCUGGGUGGAGGAACGGACGAUGAUUUGAGAUAUGGAGAUAUGGCUUGUAAUGCAUUUAUACCCUGACGUGUU